UUUGUUUUCAAAAAUUAAAAAAAAAAAACAGAAAAUCGACAUAUUUUUGAGGUUAUUUCAAAAAUUACAUAAUUUUUUUUUCUCCUAAAUAACAACACCUCUGAACAGAACAGGAAUAUCAGAAAAUAGAAAAUACAGUACAUACCGUUAAUGUUUUAUUUAUAGCCUGUAAGAUGUUGAAGUUCGGGAUAAAAUCUGCUGUAUUAGGUUCAGCAGUAUAUUAUACAAUUGACAAAGGCGUCUGGAAAGAUAGCACUACAACUAAAUCACUGUAUGAAGAUCUUGAAAAGGGUGUGUCACCUUAUGUUGGUGAACUGACAAAACAAAUUCCGUACGAGUUACCUCCACUCCCAUCAAAUGAUAGACUCUCAUAUCUAUUUAAAUAUUAUUGGAAUUGUGGAGUCAAAUCAACAUUCAGGUUUCUUGUAGACCUUCCGACUCACGCCACUAAUGCUGCGACUUCAGCAUACGAAAUGGUUUCAUCAUCAAUAAACGCCAGCGAGCCUAUUGUGAACGAAGAAAAAACAAAUUAAUCUGUAAUGUAUUUUGUUAUGUGGAUGUUAUUUUUCAAAUUAUGGUAAACAUAAAUAGAAUUUUGUUUCAGUA